AUGGCCUCUGCCAGUCUGCAAAUCUUGGGGAUCGUCCUGACCCUGCUUGGCUGGGUCAACGCCCUGGUGUCUUGUGCUCUACCCAUGUGGAAGGUGACAGCCUUCAUCGGCAACAGCAUCGUUGUGGCCCAGAUGGUGUGGGAGGGGCUGUGGAUGUCCUGUGUGGUCCAGAGCACUGGCCAGAUGCAGUGCAAGGUGUACGACUCGCUGCUGGCGCUGCCCCAGGACCUACAAGCUGCCAGAGCCCUCUGUGUCAUCACCCUCCUCGUCGUCCUGAUUGGCCUGCUGGUCUACCUCGCGGGAGCCAAAUGCACUACCUGUGUGGAAGACAAGAAUUCCAAGUCUCGACUGGUGCUCAUCUCCGGGAUCACCUUUGUCAUCUCCGGUGUCCUGACCCUUAUUCCUGUCUCCUGGACUGCCCACUCCGUCAUCCAGGACUUCUAUAACCCCUUGGUAGCUGAUGCUCAAAAGCGGGAGCUGGGGGCCUCCCUCUAUCUGGGCUGGGCAGCCUCGGGCCUUUUGCUGCUGGGUGGAGGGCUGUUGUGCUGUGCCUGCUCCUCUGGGGGGGCCCGGGGACCUGGCCAUUACAUGGCCCGUUAUUCUACAUCUGCCCCACAUUCGGCCAUUCGGGGACCCUCUGAAUACCCCACCAAGAAUUAUGUCUGA